AUGGCCUUUCCUUCCCAGUUCGCUUCUCCCAGCGCGUCGUUCGCGUCAAUGGCAUCGCACGACGCAUCGGCAAUGGAAGAACCGAAUUCUCCCAGCAGCAGCAACCAAGAGGCUUCAUUCACCGUCUCCCCGGAUUCUUCGAUGCAGGCCAAUGGAGAUGAGCAUCAGCCACGGGCGGAAGAGAGGGAGCGGCAUCCCAAGGGACGGAGAAAGCGUACAAAUGCCAAGGACAGAGCCGUCCUCGAAGACGCGUACAGCAAAAACUCGAAACCGGACAAGAAUGCGCGUCUCGACAUAGUAAAUCGCGUCUCGCUCAACGAGAAGGAGGUCCAGAUCUGGUUCCAAAACCGCCGUCAGAAUGAUCGUAGACGAAGCCGACCUUUGUCCGACCAGGACCUUGCCGCGUAUAGGAAUGGAGGCAUCAAGAUAGUCUCGGCAGACGGGCACGCCGGAAUCUCAUUCUCUCAGCACUGCGAGCAGGCCGAGCAUGACACCGCCCGAUCGCCGGCCCAAACUACUUCCACCACCCCGACGGGCUCCCCGGACCUGGGCCCAUGGAUGCCAGGAAAAUAUCACCAGUUCACUAUGGAGGUUCCUCUCCCCGCGAAGACUCCAUCGCACCCAUCAGUUAGCAGAACACCGGCGGACGCAUCACACCAUUCCGCCUCGUCCAAGUCGUUUUCAUUUUCGCAAUCAGGAAGCUUUGUCUCAAACCAGAGGUGGUCCACGGGCGCGGCUUUUUCCACCCCCUCGUCCUUUAAGCGCCACACCGACGGUGUCGAUGACUCGUUCAGGACCGACCCCUUCGCACCGUCGUCGUGCUCCUCGGCCGCUUCUGCCCCCGUGCUUCCCAUUCCUCGCACGCACUCGCGUUCCGACUCGCGUUCAAACUCGGCGGUACGCCUGUCAAUGUCGCUUGAUGGCAAGGCCACCCUCGUCUCGCCGUCUCCUGAACGGGCGAGCACCACCUACAAAUAUGACCCGCGGGUAGAGCCAAUUCCUAUUUCCAUCCCAUCGCUAAAACGUUCUGGCUUGAACCGUAGCCAAUCAGUUACGUUACCUCCAAUCUCCGUUUUAACAGGCUCUCUUCCCUGCCCGGGAUCACUGGAAGGCGCGUCACCCCUUCCUCCGCGGCUCACACGCGGCCGCUCCCGUGAUGUCCACGCGUGGGAGUUUGCUGCCGACAACGGUUCGGACCGCGAUGACGAAUUAACGCAGCAGGCCAAGGACGAAGCGAGCGGCUCCGCGACUGCAGCCAUCAGCCUUUUGCGCACUACAUCGGCCUCGGCUGGCUCUGUUCGCGGAUCCUCGCCCGUGCUUCAGCCGAACGGAAGCAAGCGCAACGCCUCUGUCCGUCCGCCUCUGGGUCCCAACUGUUCCGGUAGCGCUAUGCAGCCCUUCAAACGGGCCAGGUUAGGCCGUGCGCAGAGCAGCGUUGCGAGACUUCAGUCUCCCGUUUCGCAGUUCAACGUUGGCAGGCUAACCGACCACACCGAUUCCACGCAGCGGUCAACUGGCGAGGACAGAGACGGGGAUGAUGCCGGCUCUGUCAAGAAAAUGGACGUAUCUGCCAUGCUCUCGAUCAAUGGCAACGAGUCGGACAAGGAAAAUUGGAGCCCUGAAGGCAAGGACGUUACGACCACCGCCCCGGCCGCCGCCGACCGUAUACUUCCACCGGUUACGUUUCCUUCCAUGUCGGCGUCGCGAAAACCGCUGCCCGGCGGUGGCUUGUCCAACACGCGUCGUAAUAUCUUUAUCAUGGAUGGCCGGCGCAGCCCCCUGAGCAACACGCGUGCCUACACUGCUCCUGGUGGGGUGCGCGCCGCGCGGCGGGGUCACAAGGCUGGAUCUAGCAUCGAGAUCUUCGAGGACCACGAGGAUGACCUGCGGGGCGAGGAGGAGGAGAUGGUCACAACCGAAGGCCGGAGGGCUGGUGGCGGUGGACGGCGUGACGAUGAGAUCGCCAGGUUUAUGAGUGGCGAGGUUAGUCCCAGCAAAAAGCCGGACCUCGACUGCAUUACAGGCCUGUUGUCCCUGUCUAAGGGCAACUGGCGAUGA